ACACGGCAAAGAAUCAAUUAAAACUCUGACACACUGCAUGGAGCUCUCAGAGACCUGUUUCACAGGUUUCCUGGAGCACAGUAAUCAUGUUGCAUUAUCCUUCCGAAGCUGAUGGAGUCGAGAUUUCUAAGACAAGUCUUAAACUUUAUGAAACAAACUUGAGUUUUUCUAAAUCAUUUUGAAAGUGCUCUUUAAGGGAUCACAGCACUCAAUUCUCCCCCGCAGCAUGGUGGAACAAGAAGGAUUAUCGGCAGGCAGACAUGCUCCGGAAAAUUGUCACCCCGUGGUCGUUAUGACCUCCCGGCUCCGUGCAUUGGGUGGAAGGGUGAGUAACAGCCGCAGCUCAGAUGUCCCCAGGGAGAAAACGCGAUCUGAGGUCCUCUGCAGCAUCCGCUGUCUGGAUGGCUUGGUACAGAGCUUUAAGGUUAAUAAACAAGACGCCGGCCAGGUCCUUCUGGACAUGGCAUACAGCCGCUUGGGUGUGACCGAGAAGGAGUAUUUUGGUUUGCAGUUGGGCGAUGAUUCAGCGGACUGUCCUAGAUGGCUAGAAUCGAGCAAACCCAUCAGGAAGCAGUUAAAAGGUCUCCCCUGUGUGCUGCACUUUCGAGUAAGAUUCUUUAUACCUGAUCCCAACACACUGCAACAAGAACAAACCAGGCAUUUGUAUUUCUUACAACUGAAGAUGGAUAUUCGUGAAGGAAGGUUGACCUGCCCUCUUAACUCCGCUGUUGUCCUGGCAUCCUAUGCAGUGCAGUCUCACUUUGGAGACUACAGCUCUUCCAUACAUCACCCGGGCUACCUUGCUGGUAGUCAGUUCAUCCCCGAUCAGAGUGACGAUUUCUCAGCGAAGGUGGAGUCCUUGCAUGAGCAGCACAGUGGGCUCAAGCAGUCCGAAGCUGAGUCUUGUUACAUCAACAUAGCACGGACCCUGGACUUCUAUGGAGUGGAGCUUCACAGCGGCAGGGAUCUACACAACUUAGACCUGAUGAUCGGGGUCGCUUCUGCAGGCAUCGCUGUGUACCGGAGAUACAUCUGCACCAGCUUCUACCCUUGGGUGAACAUUCUAAAAAUUUCCUUCAAAAGGAAAAAGUUCUUUAUACAUCAGCGACAAAAACAGGCUGAAUCCAGGGAACAUAUUGUGGCCUUCAACAUGCUGAAUUACCGAUCUUGCAAAAACUUAUGGAAAUCCUGUGUGGAACACCAUACAUUCUUCCAGUCCAAGAAGCUGCUACCUCAGGAGAAGAAUGUUCUGUCUCAGUACUGGACUCUGGGCUCCAGGAACCCCAAAAAGUCUGUAAAUAACCAGUAUUGCAAAAAGGUGAUUGGAGGAAUGGUGUGGAACCCAGCCAUGAGGAGAUCUCUAUCAGGAGAGAAUCUGGAAACCAAGAGUCUGCCUUCUCGGUCCCCUCCCAUCACGCCCAACUGGCGAAGUCCUCGACUCAGGCACGAGAUCCGAAAACCACGACACUCUUCUGCCGACAACCUUGCCAACGAAAUGACUUACAUCACCGAGACCGAAGACGUGUUCUACACGUACAAGGGCUCUCUGUCGCCCAGAGACAGCGACUCUGAGGUCUCGCACAACCGGAGCCCACACCGAGAGAGUAUAUCCGAGAACAACCCAGCACAAAGCUGCCUGACCCAGAAGUCAUCCAGUUCUGUGUCUCCAUCUUCAAAUGCUCCAGGCUCCUGCUCCCCGGACGGUAUGGACCAGCAGUUCUUAGACGACUUCCGCAGGGUGACCAAAGCGGGCUCCAGCGAGGACUCCAGCCAGUACUACUGCGACAAGAAUGACAGUUUAGGCGAUGGCUACUUAGUCCUGAUCCGCAUCACGCCCGACGAGGACGGAAAGUUUGGAUUUAAUCUGAAGGGAGGAGUGGAUCAAAAGAUACCUCUUGUGGUCUCGAGGAUCAACCCAGAGUCGCCUGCAGACACCUGCAUUCCUAAGCUGAAGGAAGGGGACCAGAUCGUGCUGAUCAAUGGCCGGGACAUCUCUGAGCACACCCACGACCAGGUGGUGAUGUUCAUCAAAGCCAGCCGGGAGUCGCACACGCGGGAGCUGGCGCUGGUCAUCAGGAGGAGAGCUGCCUGCUCCUUCUCUGAUAGCAAGUCUGAAGAUGAACUGAACCAGCUUUUCCCAGAGGCCAUUUUCCCCGUGUGUCCGGAGGGCAGGGACUCCCUGGAGGAAUCCAUGGAAAAGCUAAAGAAGGGCCUUGCGAGCGGGACGGUGCUGAUCCAAUUUGAGCAACUCUACAGAAAGAAGCCCGGCUUGGCCAUCACGUCUGCAAAACUGCCUCAGAAUCUGGACAAAAAUCGCUAUAAAGAUGUGCUGCCUUAUGACACCACCCGUGUAUUCUUGCAGGGAAAUGAAGAUUAUAUCAAUGCUAGUUACGUGAAUAUGGAGAUUUCUCCCGCCAGCCUGGUAAACAAGUACAUUGCCACUCAGGGGCCCCUGCCGCAGACGUGUGCGCAGUUCUGGCAAGUCGUCUGGGACCAAAAGCUCUCACUCAUCGUCAUGUUGACGACUCUCACAGAGCGUGGGCGGACCAAGUGUCACCAGUACUGGCCUGACCCGCCUGACGUCGCAGAGCACGGCCGCUUUCACAUCCGCUGUCAGUCAGAGGACUGCACCAUUGCUUACGUGUUCCGGAAAAUGCUGGUGACAGACACAGAGACUGGAGAGGGCCGCACCGUGGUGCACCUGCAGUACGUGGCCUGGCCCGACCACGGCGUGCCAGACGACUCCUCGGACUUCCUGGAGUUUGUCAGCUCCGUGAGGUCCCUCAGGGUGGAAGAUGAGCCUGUCUUGGUCCACUGCAGUGCAGGGAUCGGGAGGACUGGCGUACUGGUCACCAUGGAAACAGCCAUGUGCCUCAUUGAGAGGAAUAUGCCCGUUUACCCACUGGAUAUCAUCCGGAAGAUGCGAGACCAGCGCGCCAUGAUGGUGCAGACAUCCAGCCAGUACAAGUUUGUGUGUGAAGCCAUCCUUCGUGUCCAUGAAGAAGGCUUAGUCCAGAUGCUGGAUCCCAGUUAAGACACCUGGACACCCCCACCCCCACCCCAAGUGCCCAAGGGCAUCCUCCUUCAGGACAGACCUUCUCUGUGGAAGCAGCGAGAGGAACCCCUAGGCCGUGGGGAAGGAAGGAGAAGAUUUGAACCCAGGCACUAUAAGUCUGUACAAAAGGUAUCGUGUACAUAAGCACUGUGGAUAGUGCAUGCGAUCAUGGAUCAUGGCAUCGCUCCAGCCCGCGACGGCCGUGCAGAGCCAGCACAGAGGACCUCAGUGCAGGGCAGGGCCUGCCCCAAUGCCUUCUCCCCUGGACACCACCACGCCCCUGGCCACCAUCUCUGGGCAUUACAGAGGGGACACUGCAGUGUGACCGGCCACGGGAACAAGACGAUGCCUCUCUUUGGGUCUGCUUGAUGCUGUGUGUCUCUGUGUAGGACUAUGGGCUGAUCCCUCUGUGCCUCUGGGCAAGGCUGGAACAGUUAGCACCCACCCGCCCCAAUGCCAAGGGCACCCUGAUGAAUGUACUUAGUGGAGGGGGGGAGGGGGUCCAGCCCCAAGGACGAGCGGUACCUUUAUGCCUCCCCUUCCUCUUUGUCCCACCUCCUGAUGGUUUGUGUGUCUGAGCAUCGUGUCCAAAACACGCGCUUUCUCCCUGCACUAGUGAUCCCCCCGCUUGCCAGUGUGCAUUCAGUGCCUGAACAGGAAGCCUGCUGGGUGAAUUUUCAGUCGAAAACAAGGGCUCGUGGUGUCAGCCUGUCCAUCCUGCGUGUCACACUGUAGAUGUUGGCCUGCCUCUCUGCACACCUCUUCAGACUGGAUCAUCCACUACUGACUCCGCUACAUGAAUUGCUGCUACUUCAAGCUCUUACACUUGAAACAUUUAUGAUUUUUUUCCUGGCGGGGGGCGGGGAGUGGGAUAUUAAUAUUUAGAAUCUUUGGCCCUUCCAAGGACUCGAUCUUCUAGUGAGUGAACCAUGGGAAACCCAGAUUCUAGAAGGUUGUCUGUGAGUGGGUGUGUGUGUGCGUGCAUAUCUCUGUGUGCGUGCAUGCAUGUGCGUGUGUGUGUGUGUGUGUGUGUGUGCGCGCGCGCGCCCAUCCAUAAAUGAGUGUUUCUCAGGAUUCCCAACUAGAUUCAGAUUACAGUUGAGUUUAUAUAAAGAAUGAGUCUCUGUACAGAAGAACAAGUGUGUGCUUCACCCUCAGUUACAAUGGUCUCCAUUUCAUUUCAAAGGAGAGGAUCAGACUAUCUGAAUAUAAACACAUUUGAUGUUAAUUUAUUCUAAAUACACCAUGAUUUAGAUUGUCCUAAAGAAUUCUGCCUUUGUUAAUACUGUGUUAAAUUAAAAAAAAAAUUGUGACAGGAUUGUAGCAUAUUAUUAUUUAAGGAAAAUAAAUUACAUUAAAAAAAGGAACGUGA